AAAUUCCCAUAUGGUGUGAUUAUUCUUGGACUGCUCUGGAAUGUUAAACCAUCUUGCAGCAAACAAUUGAUAUUCACCUAACAUCUACAAUUAUACUGGACAUAUUCAUUUCUUUUCAUUUUGGAAAUGGCUUCUCUCUAGUCCAGGUAGGAACGGGAGAGAACAGUUCAAGCAGCAAAUUUGUGCCACCUCGGCAUUUUGUGUAAAUCAAAAGUACAGAUUUUAUCUACGCAUUAGUAUUGGGUUGGAUUUUUUGCUUAGAUCUAGUAUUGGGUUUGUAAAUACAAUCCAUUAAUUUACAAAUAAUCCCGACAUGAUGAGCAUCCAAUACUCGGACUCAACAUCCAGUUCAAAUGCCAUGAUUAUGCUUUAAUACUUUACAGACACUUUGUCUUUUGACUCUUAAAAAUAAACAUAACUUAUUUUCUAUAAAAUAACACAUUACAGAUUGCGAAAGCAAUGAUUACAUCUGGAAAGCUUUUGGCUGAAAGUCAGGUAUCCACAGCAACUGGUGAAGAACCAAAACUGGAAGCUAGGAUGCUGAAGUUUGGAGAUCUUCAGGUUGAACUAACAUCAGAAAAGUCUUAUAUUGGCGCUGCAAUCGGUUUCAUUUUUGGGAUUAUUUCGUGGCAAUUAAGUCAAGGCAUUCAAAGCAUACCAGAGAGCUCGUUGCAGUAUGCAAAUGACAAUGCUUUGCUGCUUGCCAAGUCUUUGCGGGGAGCGCUACUUGCAAUGUGUUACGCAUCAACUGUCUUGUCCGCUUUCACUACUGUUGGACUUGUCUUUCUUGGAGGACAACUCAAGCCAAAAGAAGAGUGAAAUUCUUGGAGCUUCCUUGCCUCAGUUUUGCCUGUAAAUUCUAAUACUAAGUUAUACCAAAGAAGAGUUACAAUAAUGACCAUGAAAAUGAACAAUCUCAGUUAACUGCUCCUCAAUUCUAUGAGUGAUAUCACUUUUGUGCCUUCACUCUGUAAAUUUUAUCCUUCAUAACUCAACUAUUGAUUGGCAUUGUAUAUUUUAUCUUAGCUGCACUUGAUGAUGUUCUGAUUGACAAACCAAUUCCUAUGAUUUCCUGAUAUGUGUUUUUUAUCAA